AUGGCUACCCAUUUUGCUGCUAGACGGCUUUGUGGUACAGUAUCCUCCUGUAGGCUUUCCACGAGGGCGUACUCUACGGGCAAGCCGUUCACCCCGGUCACAAAGACAACGCCGAAAGCAUAUCCGUCCCGCCCCAAGUUUCCCGCAGCGAAUGCUAGCACGAGCACGGGAAGGCCGGCGACACCCAGUCCAAGUGCUGGCAAAGCGGACCCCGUGGUCGUCGAUGAUAUACCGCCGGAAGAGCUGUCUACGCCGCCAGAGAGCGUCCCCUCGUCCUCGGUCCUCGCUUCGACUAUCGCACCUUCGCCACUCGGUUCUGAGCCAGAUACACAGCCUCUCUCAGACGGUACUCCUACCGACUGGUCGAAGAGCUAUUUUGGUCUCUCGACUCAGGCGUUCUCCAGGGAGGUUGCGGACGUUCUGCUGGCUCCCAUUGAACCACUUGACGUGGAGAUCAAGCCAGAUGGUCUCAUAUACCUGCCGGAAAUCAAGUACCGGCGCGUGCUCAAUAAGGCGUUCGGCCCAGGUGGCUGGGGCCUUGCUCCGCGAAGCGAGACACAUGUCGGACCUAAGAUCGUGAGCAGAGAGUAUGCUCUUGUCUGCCUCGGAAGGCUCGUCGCUAUUGCACGAGGAGAACAGGAAUACUUCGAUCCCAACGGGAUACCAACGGCGACUGAGGCAUGCAAGAGCAAUGCUUUGAUGCGCUGCUGCAAGGACCUUGGCAUAGCAAGCGAGCUCUGGGACCCGCGCUUCAUUCGCGAGUUCAAGGCGAAGCACUGCGUGGAAGUCUUUGCUGAGCAUUUGGCGAGCAAGAAGAAGCAAGAAAAAGCUCUGGAGACGCAAGGACCAGCCGAAGUUUGA